GAACCGGCGCUUGCUGACGUUACAACAGAGUUAGUAUCAAGGCUCAUUGAGACCACACACAUAGGUUCGAUGCAUACGGAUCUCCCGGUAGGAGCGUGGCAUGUAUUUUACGGCAUCACAAUAUAUCGGGCCCGAGGGCUACAGGCUCCUGCAGCAAAUUGUCCGGGUACGUCCUGUCCCAGACCUCAUCCCUACCAUUGCAGAUCCGCUCCAUCAUGGCACCUUCCUUCAAAUCAGAGUCUCCCGGUGGCCAAAGCAUUCAAAGACCUAAGGAUCUGGCGGUCGAUCUGCUGAUCGCGACCUUGAAAGUCACGAAGGAGGCAUCUGCGGUGUUCCCUCCAUUGCAGUCCGUCGCCGGCGGUCUCCUGGCGGUGGCCGACAUAGUGAAGAAAAUGUCUGCCAAUGCGGACGACAUCAAAGAAGUGACCAAAUACAUCGACAGCCUGAAUGCAGUGCUCGCGGCCGCCAAACCUCCUGAAGGCGCUACAUAUCCGAAGUCUCUGGAGAAUAGGGUUGAGAAACUCAGUUGUGAGAUCGAGUCUAUCAAUCAAGACCUCCAGUCUCUCAAAUCCCGCCCGCUGCUCUCCCGUCUGUUUUCCUCGGACGAAACCUCGGGCAAAGUCCAGGGAUGUCUACGUUCUCUGUCAUGGUGCAUCCAUAACUUCAACGUUCCGAGCAGUAUUGCCAUUGAGAUGGCCGUUGACUCAUUACACACUACAGUUCGGACUGGCUUUCAUCAUGUGCAUGAACACCUCGAUGCCUUACCAGCCCAAUUUCGCGAAGAGGGUCAAGCGAUGAACGACCACAUCGGGAAGGCCGAUGGAGAAUACAACGUUCCUCGGCACGCGGCGUCGGCACCUUUUGACGCGCAGAGUAGCCGUGUUAUAUGCGAGAAGGACACCCGGCUGGAGACUCUGGAUACUAUCUGGAGCUGGAUGAAACAGAAGUCGAAGGAUCCGUCCUCUCCUCAUGCUCCCGAUGCUCCUGAUGUCAAGGCCAGCCGCGUGUUCUGGCUCAGUGGUCUUGCAGGCGCUGGGAAAUCAACCCUCGCACAGACCAUCGCCAAACGAUGCGACGAGGCUCAGUUUCUAGGUGCAAGCUUCUUCUGUUCCCGAGACUCGCACGAAUGUAGCAAUAUCCAGCUCAUCUUCCCCACAAUUGCCUAUCAACUCUCUAAACGCAACACUCGCUUUCGGGACGCGGUCUCGGCUGUCUUGCAGAUAGAUCAAGAUAUUCACGAGUCAUCACCGUCUCGCCAGCUCCAACAAUUGAUCGUCGGGCCUCUGAGGAUCGCCCGGGAGGAGGGCAGCUUCCCAGAGUAUGCUGUUGUCAUCGACGCUCUCGACGAAUGCAGGGACGACGACGCGACGUCAGUAAUCCUUCGCGCACUCUCCCACUAUGUCGACUCUCUGGAGCCUCUGAAGUUCCUGAUAACGAGCCGGCCGAUACCAAGGGUCCAUGGCGGAUUCCGCCUCCCUGGUCUUGUCAAUAAUACUAAGCACCUCGCCCUCGAAACGGACAUCCCUGCAGAAACUGUGCGGCGCGAUAUUCAACAAUUCCUACGAGUGCAGCUUGCGGAAGUGCGUCAGGUCUACAGCAUCAGAACGGAAUCAUGGCCUUAUGCUGGGGAUAUAUCUCUGCUGGCUGAGCGCUCCAGUACCCUGUUCAUAUUCGCCGCAACCGCCGUCAAAUUCGUGAAGGACGAUCGCAUCUGUAAUCCCGAGAGACAGCUCAUGAGGUUGUUGGAUUCGGAACCCAUCUUAGACUCUUUCAUCUCUCCUCAUCGCUCCCUCGAUCUUCUCUACCUUCAGGUUCUCCAGAACGCUUUCCCGAAGAUGCAUGGGACACUCAAAGCGCAUUUCAAACUCGUCGUGGGAUCCAUCGUGCUCAUCCGCGAUCGACUUUCUCCCUCCGCGUUGGAGGAUCUGCUCAAUCAACAGAGUAACACGGUUAAGAGGGCCCUUCGGCCACUCCAGUCGCUCAUUACGGUUCUGGAGCGCAGUGAAGGCGAGGUCAUCCGUCUCAUCCAUCCAUCCUUCCACGACUUCCUUGUGGAUCGCAGCCGCUGCACUGAUGACGACUUCUUCGUCAAUCCCAAAUUGCAGCAUACCGUUCUAGCCAAGUGCUGCCUUAGCACGUUGAAGGACCUGAGACGGGAUAUGUGCGCCAUUGGUGAUCCAUCAGUGCUCAACGGGGAAGUGGUUGGAUUGCACGAACGGAUAUCACGCGGUAUUCCCGCAUCCCUCCAAUACGCUUGUCGUCACUGGGCUUUCCACGUCUCCCACGCAGACAUAGACGACGAGACCGUCCAGCUCCUGUCGUUGUUUUGCCUACCUGAGCACAUGCUCAGGUGGCUGGAGGUGCUGAGUCUCUUGGGUGAGCUCGGCGGGGCCAUCAACGCUCUGCACUCGGCUCGGCUCGCCCUUGAGGUCCUCCCUGCUCCUGUGUCCGACAUUCUCAUCUUGCUGGACGACUGUGGACGACUGGUUCGAGAGUUCUACCCCAGUCUCAGUGCUUGUGCUUCUCAGGCCUACUCCGGCGUCAUAUCAUUUUGUCCUACCGCAACCCGUUUUCGGGAGCUGUACAUGGCAAGCAACAUGGAGGACGGCCCCAGGCUUGUGAGCGGUAUGCAGCGCUCUUGGAGCCCUUGCCUCUCCAUCAUGGAAGGUCACUCCAACGUGGUCACCUCGGUAGCCUUCUCACCUACCGGAGAGACAGUCGUGUCUGGUUCGUGGGAUCAUACCAUACGCCUAUGGGAUGUGGAGACCGGCUCGCACCUUCAUACUUUUCACGGGCAUUCAAACCAUGUCAUGGCGGUCGUGUUCUCUCCCAAUGGCCAGGAGAUAGCGUCGGGAUCACUCGAUAGGACAGUCAAAGUCUGGGAUAGUGUCACCGGUGCUUGCCUACACACUCUGAUCCACCCUGGUGACAGCUCGGUGAAAACCGUGACUUAUUCUCCUGAUGGCCGCUGGCUUGCAUCGGGCAGAUAUGAUGGUACCAUCAUUCUCUGGGACUCCAACGCUGAUUCCACCACGCAGUUUGGAAUGCGUGGCGAGCAAUUUGCCGUAUAUUCAAUCGCUUUCACUCAUUCAAGCUCCUUCAUGGUAUCCGCUUCAGCCGACGGCGGUUGCAAAGUCUGGGACCACCAACACUCCCUGCCGAUACGGACAUAUGGCCGCAAAGUCCCAGCGACGUCGGUUGCUAUUCCUGGCGAUGACCAGACGGUCGCAUGUGGCUACAACGAUGGGAGGAUUGUUCUGCUGGACUUCACUACCCUUACAUGCCUCGGGGAACUGAAGAAUCAUCACACGGGCAUCGAAUCGUUGGCAUUCUCUCCCGACAACCAGAUCUUAGCAUCUGCUUCCUGGUACUCCCAUAACACCGACCUGUGGUCCACGGCGAAUGGGAAACAAAUUGGCUCCUUGGUCGGACAUGCUGCCGAUGCUCUCUGCGUGAGAUUCUCUCCCAGUGGAGAUAGGAUCUGUUCAGGUAGUUACGAUGGUUCAGUUCGUAUAUGGCAGUGGAGGUUAGCUCUUCAUCUACCCACGAAGCCUCCCACGCCUCUCUUGCGGGCUCUCCUCCUCCUUGGGCCGUUUGUACCGCGCUCUCUGCAUCUUAGGCCGUCCCGUGACACAAACACGGAGGCAUACACAAGACAGUAUGCAGUGCCCGGAUAUCUUCAUGUCGCUUUGAUUCUCGGUAUGGCGUUCUCUCCCGAUGGGUCACUGCUUGCAACUUCAUCUUUGAAUGGAACGCUCCACUUGUGGAACACCGCAACUGGCGAAAAGCUUCAAACGUUCAUUGGUCACAGGGGUCUCGUCAUAUGCGUAGCAUUUUCCCCUGCCGGGACUACGGUGGCAUCAGCUGGUCACGACGACAACACAGUGCGGAUCUGGGACGUGAAGAAGGGUCAAUGCCAGAAGGUCCUUGAAGGUCAUACCGACGCAGUCACGGGAGUCGUGUUCUCGAAUGCCAGAAAUAGCCUAUUCUCCUGUUCUAGGGACGGAACGCUGCGUUUCUGGGAGUUCACAUCGAAAUCGGCCUCUAAGUCUACCACAGUCGCAACCAUAGUUCAUCGCGUCCAUGGCCCAAUCUUCGCUAUGGCCCUGUCCCCGGACAAGACGCAAGCGGUCAUAUCCAACGUCGACCAUGUACCGUCGGAUCCCCAUGCAUAUAGCUGUGCAUUAACAUUCAUAGAUGUGCAGACACGCACCGUGUUGGGGACGCGCCUUCUCGACUCCCGCCGUGUGGCAUCUUUAGCAUUCUCCCGUGAUGGAACGAGAGUCGCAUCCGGCAGGAACGACGGAACUAUAGCUCUCUGGGACAUCACAAAGGCCUCAGCCAUAGGAACACAGGAGCAAGCCGAUGAAGCCCUCCUGCACGUGUUUAAGACCGGCACCUCCAUGGAGCAGUUAUGGUUCUCCCCCGACCAAACAGCCAUACUAUCCAACUCGAGUUACAACGCUAUUCCUGCACAGCAUCAACCUGCGAAUCGUGUGAUCGACCUUCGUCCUUCCUCUCCACACUUUUACCUUUGCGACGGGUGGAUUUGGAGCGCAGCGCCGGAACGCAAGAGGAUAUGCUGGGUGCCGAUGGGCUAUCGCCAUAGCCAGUCGCAAGCCUAUGGCCGUGGCACCAUGCGCGUGUUUGGUACCAUGAUUGCGUUCGGGACGGAGAGCGGCAAAGUCGUCAUCAUUGACCUUUCGAGAUGCGUCUGA